AUUUGCGUUAACAUGGAUUUGAGAAACGCGGGAAACAAUUUCUUCACAAUCUUGGAAGACAUGCUGGACUUGGCCGAUCAAGAGCCCGAAAAGUCCCGAAACGCCAAGAACCCGUCUCGGGCAUAUGUCCAAGACGCGAAGGCAAUGGCGGCCACUCCGGCGGACGUCGUGGAGUAUCCAAACUCGCACGCGUUUGUGGUAGACAUGCCCGGAAUCAAAGCCAAUGAAAUUAGAGGAGAAGACAACGUUUUGGUGGUGAGCGGGGAGAGAAGGCGAGAAAAAGAGGAGAGGGUGGGGAAGUUUAUGAGGAAGUUUGUGCCGCCGGAGAAUGUGAAUUUGGAGACGAUUUCGGUGGUGGCUCAAGGCGGCGUGCUGACAGUGAGGGUGGAGAAGCUGCCUCCGGCAGAGCCCAAGAGGGCCAAGAGCAGGGCCGGUCCUGAGUUUUUUGGUGCCCAGUGCAAAAGUUCAAAAUGUACCAUUUUUUAAUACGUAAACAUAUGUUUAAAAAAAAUAUUUAACGAGGAUAAUCACAUGUAUGUGUAAAAAAAAUUCAUCACUAAUAGCAUGCAAAAUGGCUUCCAAUUGCUGUCAUGUAUAUGUAAAAUUUUAAUCACAUCAACCAAAUUAUGAUUCAAAACA